AUUCCCGUGGAAUCUCUCCCUUUUUUUUUUUUUCUGAGACUUGUGAACAAAUGGCCCAUGUUUGAAGAUUCAUCAGUGAUUCAAACUGAUUUUUGAGAAGAUCUCCUUCGAUUGCUGACUGGUUCCUCUACAAGUUAUUAAUAAUUGGAGUCAAACUGAUUUUAGAGAAGAUCUUAUUUGAUUGCUUACUGAUUCCUCCACAAAUUAUUAUUAAUUGGAGAGGACCAUUAACGUUAGUGUAGAGGUAUUUGAGAGAGAGAGAGAGGGGGUUUAAACUGUUAGAGCAUAUAGAGCGAGAGUUUGUGUGAGAGGUCUAGAGAGAGAACAGGAGCUAGAGAGCAUGAGAGAGAGUAAGAGUAUGCUACUGAAGGGUAUGGAGGAGCGUUGAUGGACAAUAGGGGACAGGGUUUUGUAGCCAACACUAACAUUGAUCGGCAAUUAAAGAGGGGAGGUUUCGUCCCAUUUUCGAUUAUUUCAGCCAUGAAUUCUCUGCAACAUUCUCUCCUUUCACUUUCUGGGCCUUCUCCCUCUGAUCUACUGCGAAGCAGCUCUAACAGCUUCAGUGGCGUCGCCUUGAUAACCCUUUCUCUGCAACAUUAUCGCCUUUCACUUUUGAUGAUUCAUUAUGAAGAUGAAGAAAUUUUUUGUAGGAUCGAUUAUGAAGAUGAAGAAAAUGUGUGUGCAAAUUUUGAAGUCAUACAAAUGCUAAAAACGAGGCUUUCUAGAGGUAUGGUUGCAUUAUAUUAUUAUACAACUUUUGCACGGACUCAUUCCUUAUAUAUAAUAUAG